GCAAAGCAGAGGGAAGGCGGGAGUCCCGAUUGAGAACGCCGAGGCUGGAGAGGCUAAAAUGGCGAACUCUCCGUGGGCUGAGAUUCGGGAGAAAUUCCAAGCGGCAUUGGCCCUGUCGCGGGUGGAAUUGCAUAAAAAUCCCGAGAAGGAACCGUACAAGUCCAAAUACAGCGCCCGAGCGCUGCUGGAGGAGGUCAGGGCGCUGCUGGGCCCCGCUCCGGAGGACGAGGAGGAGCGGGCCGAGGCCGAGGACGGCUCGGGCGCCGGGGACCUCGCCCUGGGGGUGCCGGCGGAGGUGGUGGAGGUCGAGGGGCCCGCCGCCCAGGCGGCCGUGAGGCUGGCGGUUCUGGAGUUUCACCUCGGAGUGAACCACAUCGACACCGAGGAGCUGUCGGCCGGGGAGGAGCAUCUGGUGAAAUGCCUGCGGCUGCUGCGCCGCUACCGGCUGUCGCGGGGCUGCGUCUCCCUGCACAUCCAGGCGCAGAAUAAUCUAGGUAUCUUGUGGUCUGAAAGAGAAGAAAUUGAAACUGCACAAGCUUACCUUGAAUCAUCAGAAGCACUUUAUAAUCAAUAUAUGAAAGAGGUUGGGAGUCCUCCUCUAGAUCCUGUUGAGCACUUUCUUCCUGAAGAAGAAAAACUUGCUGAGCAGGAGAGAUCAAAAAGAUUUGAGAAGGUUUAUACUCACAAUUUGUAUUACUUGGCUCAAGUCUACCAGCACAUGGAAAUGUUUGAGAAGGCAGCUCGUUAUUGCCACAGUACCCUCAAGCGCCAGCUGGAGCACAAUGCCUACCAUCCUAUUGAGUGGGCUGUCAAUGCUGCCACCUUGUCACAAUUUUACAUCAAUAAGCUGUGUUUUAUGGAGGCCAGACAUUGUCUAUCAGCUGCUAAUGUCAUUUUUGGUCAAACUGGAAAGAUUCUAACUACAGAAGACUCUACUGAAACUGAAGGAGAUGUUCCAGAGCUUUAUCAUCAGAGGAAAGGGGAGAUAGCAAGAUGCUGGAUCAAAUACUGCUUGACCCUCAUGCAGAAUGCUCAACUUGCUAUGCAGGACAACAUAGGAGAGCUCGAUCUUGAUAAACAAUAUGAACUUAGAGCUUUAAGGAAAAAAGAACUAGAUGAAGAAGAAAGUGUUAGGAAGAAGGCUGUACAGUUUGGAACGGGUGAAUUAUGUGAUGCCAUCUCUGCAGUGGAAGAGAAAGUGAGAUAUCUGAGACCUUUAGACUUUGAAGAAGCUAGAGAACUUUUCUUACUGGGUCAGCAGUAUGUCUUUGAAGCAAAAGAGUUCUUUCAGAUUGAUGGUUAUGUUACUGAUCAUAUUGAAGUUGUACAAGACCACAGUUCUCUGUUUAAGGUGCUUGCAUUCUUUGAAACUGACAUGGAGAGACGGUGCAAAAUGCAUAAGCGUCGAAUAGCGAUGCUAGAGCCCCUAAUUGUAGACCUGAACCCACAGUAUUACCUUCUAGUCAACAGACAGAUUCAGUUUGAAAUCGCACAUGCUUAUUAUGACAUGAUGGAUUUGAAGGUUGCCAUUGCUGACAAGAUGAGGGAUCCUGAUUCACACAUUGUGAAAAAAAUAAACAGUCUUAAUAAGUCAGCACUGAAGUACUACCAGCUCUUCCUAGACUCCCUGCGAGACCCAAAUAAAGUCUUUCCUGAGCACUUAGGGGAGGAUGUUCUUCGCCCUGCCAUGUUAGCUAAGUUUCGAGUGGCCCGUUUAUAUGGCAAAAUCAUCACUGCGGAUCCCAAGAAAGAGUUAGAAAACUUGGCGACAUCACUAGAACAUUAUAAAUUUAUUGUUGAUUACUGUGAGAAGUACCCCGAGGCUGCCCAGGAAAUAGAAGUUGAGCUGGAACUUAGUAAAGAGAUGGUGAGUCUCCUUCCAACAAAAAUGGAGAGAUUCAGGACCAAAAUGGCCUUGACUUAAACUCCUGCUUCUAAUGAAGGAAAAUGUGCAAUAUUAAAGUGAGUUUCUCCCUAGUUAGACAGGCCCAAUUCCACCACGGUGUUUAUCGUGAGAGCUAAGUGAAUGCAGUCUGAACUUGAGUUACAGUCAGACAGUUGGAUCGUUGGGUAGGACCUUAAUCACCAUAAAGAUAAAGAAUGAUCUACACCUGAUGAUGUAAGUUGCCUUGCUAGAGUAACAUGUGAUUAAUAUUUUAGGCUGCUUGUUUCCUAUUUAAAAAUAAACCUGCCUCAGUUUUUAAAAGUAGAUUCCUUGUCGGCUAGUACGUGGUAGAUUCAUUAAGAAGGAAAAUAUUAGGUAAUAUACCUGUUACUAUAUUAAAUUAAAAAAAAAGUAACUUUUGUCAGUUGCUCUCAAAAGACAUCUUUUGUGGAAAUAUUAAAACUAAAACUAAGUUAUAUUGUAGAGUGUUGUAAAGUGCUUUUAUUAAUUAUAGGGGGGAAGGCCUCGUUAGAAACAUAAUAAACUGACUUGUUUCACUAAUAAAAGCUUUCAUUUCUC